AUGGAGACGAAUAAAGUGCCAACAUCUACCUCAACAACAACCGUAUCAGCUACUUCAGCUGCUAUUAAUCCAUUAUUUGAUCCUGUUGCACUGCAAGCAGCAUAUUUUACUGCUGCUCAACUACAUAACCAAUUACAGCAAAAUUCUCAUUUAGCUACUGCUGUUAAUACAACUGCUGCUGUAUCAUCUAUUACUACUACAACUACCAAUAAUAUUCAUGAAACAUUAUAUAAAACAACAUCACCAUCAUCUUCACCACCAUGCCUUCCAUCAUUAUUUGUAAAUAGUGAUCGAUUGUAUUCUUUACUGCCACCACAAUUACAGUCAUGCUUAAAGCAACAACAACAAUCAAUAGAUACCUCACCGGCACAUCAUUGCUCAGCAUUUUCACCAAUAAAUACGGAUUUACCUGGUGCUGCUACAACUACUGCACCUUCGUUACUUGCACAACCAUCAUCACUACCUCCGAUACCUCCUGUACUUCCUAUAGCAUCAUCACAACAAUACUAUGAUUUACUUCUUAUGCAAAUGCAAAUGGCUACAGCUGCUGCUGCAGGAUUUUUUCCUGCUGCUUUCAAUGUUCUUCCACCAGUUAAUGCCGCUGCACUUGGAUUGUUAACGCCACAGUUUCGAAUGCUACAGCUCAGUGAUCCAAACUUCUCACCGUAUUCAGCUUCAAAUGGUAUAUUCACAUCUGAUAUUAUGAGUAAGAAUGUCGGUGAUACAACUUCUCUUGAAAGAUCUCUACUACAAGCACAGAUUAAUUUGUUGGCUAAUGGAUCAUCAUUGUCAUCUGCUGUCAAUGAACAGACAUGUACAAAUAGUACGGUAUCUGAUAUGUCACCUAAUGGUGUCACAUUUUCCUUGAUUCAACAGCUAAAUCCUUCGUUAAAUCACAACUCCUCAUCACAUAAUAACAAUAAUGGCAGUAAACAGCAGCGUAUUCAAAUGAAAAGGCCUUAUGAUGAAAUGUCCAUACUGCGAUCUCUCUGUAGUGAAAAUCACACCAUCGAGCGAGAAACAGAGAUGAUAUGCGGAAAGCGGAGCAAAAUAGGUGUCACCGAUGAAAGUGGACGGCGGAGCCUACAGAAAUUCACGAAAGCAUGUAACUCAGAGAAGAACCAACAGCACUGUUUAAUGGAGCUCGACAAUAAAAAUUUAUCAAAUGGAAGCUCGAAAAGUAACAAAGAAAAAUGUGUAACAUUUGGCCUGUUUGAUGAAAAUUCACCGGACCGUCAUCAUCCCCUAAAUCAUCGUCCUCCGGCCAUGGAAGCACGAUUCCUGGAAUGUAUGGCAGCUAUCGCUCUUCAUUCAAACAUUCCUUUGCCAAUCAAAGAUGAAAAUAUGAUCCGCAGUGCAAGUGUUAAUGAGAGUAAGAUGGAAGAAAACCGUAUUAAUGGUAAAUCGGAAAAACAGAAGCAAUCUACAAAUACUGAAUCAGAAAAUUCAAACAGAGCAGAGUUGAGAAGCAUUCCAUCAUCCAAUCAGUCUAAAUCCUGUGAAAAUACUUCUAUCAUUACUAUCACUUCGAAUGAGAACAAAAAAUGCUGGCCAAAUUCCGCAAUAGAUGAAGAACUCUGCAAGGAACUAGAAAAUUACAAGGAUUCGGACGUCCCGGUAAUUCACGCAUUUGUUUUGCCGGCAAAGUUAUCCAACUCAGCUUCAUCACCUGUUUCCGAUGGAGAAUGUUCGCAAGAUUUACCAUGUACAACGGUACCGGAAUCAGUUGCAGUACCAGUCCCAAUCCUCAAUACACUUUUAGAUCGCAUUCUACAAACUAUGCUUGAUUCAUAG